UGUUCGAUUUUCCUACUCGGAAUGACAAAUGCUAUGGACUCCAAGUACUACGCCACAUCGACACGCGAAAUGGCUUCCCUGCUACAAAUAGAAGACGAACUAAUAGAAAAUAUGCGAGAUUAUGCGAAGGAAUUGCAGCUUAAAGUAGACAAAAUGAGGAUUUUUCAGAAAGAAUGGAUUACCAGGAGAGCGCUAGGCCAUCCCGAUCCCACGACUUACGUAGCCAAUCCCCUGGUUAGUUUUCCACUUAUGCGACGAAUGUACGCCGAUGCUCCAAAGUUGCUGAACCUCGCUCGACGGGAGAUGAAAGGGGGAGCUCUUCAAAAAUUGUUAUCCCGAGAUCUUACAGGUAUUUCAGCACAGGAUCUUAAGAUGGCUGCCAACGGAUUGAUACGAUUUCAGGGAGUUUACGGCUUGAACGAAAGCGAAAUGGCCAAUGGAAAACUAUAUGACAAACAGUACAACUCUAGGCUAAGUGCCGCCGAUUGCCUAGCCUUGGGCACUCAUCUUGAGGAUCAGCAAAAAGGCAAAUUGGCCUGCAAGUGGUUAAGAAUUUCCAUAGAUCAGUAUGAAAAGUCAUUAGAUCCUGUAAAUAGGUUACUCAAAACGGGACGCUCUCAAAUCUAUGAAAAACUAGGUCUAACUUUGCUUUCUAUGCAUGACUUGCCGGCCAGUCAAGCAGCCUUUAAAAAGUCAAUAGAGUGGGCCUCCAAGGAUGAUAAUUCCGAUCUUGCGAGUCAUUUGAAAGAUAACUUGGCUCACAUGUUGGUGCAUUUGGACAACUGUCGAGGGAAAAAUCCUACUCCAAAGAAUUCUGCCCUACGUUGUCGUUAUUUUACAGAAGGUUCACUAUUUCUCCGCCUGGCUCCUUUAAAGCUUGAACAGCUCAACGUUGAACCUUUCAUUGGCCUCUUUCAUGAUGUUAUAUCGACAGCGGAGCAGGAAGAUUUAAUAAACCUUACAAAAUCAAGAUUAGAACAUAAGCAAGUAGAUCUCUCUAGCGUAGAGGCUGAAGUCGCUGUGAAUGCCUCUGAUCAUGUUGUGCGAAUCCACCAAAGGAUUGAGGAUAUGACAGGUCUGAAUUUGGCAGCGAGCGAACCACUAACCGUCUCCAAUUCUGGCAUUGGAGGUCAGGAUUUCAUACACUUGGACUGCAAGCAGCCGGUGGAAUUCGUUGAACCAUUUAUCCCAGAAUAUCACACGGCCACUGUAAUGCUUUUUCUUAGUGAUGUCCAGAUGGGUGGCUAUGCCUCUUUUCCUGACCUGGGUUUUGGUUUAAGGACCAAUCGUGGAUCGGCUUUGGUUUGGCACAACAUUGACAACUCCGGGAAUUGUGACAUUCGAAGUUUGCAGGCCACCUGCCCCGUGCUCCUCGGAACUCAGUGGGUGGCCAGAAAAUGGAUCAGUGGGUCAGGCCAGUGGCGCAGGAAACCCUGUCGGAAGUGAAGGAAAAUCGGAUUUCCAUUC